AUGCCACCUAACAGAACCCUCACAUCACCAAACCCCCCCUCCCCCCUCCCCGGCACAAUCCUCCUCGAAACACCACGCCUCAUCCUCCGCCGCUAUACUCCUGCCGACGCACCCGCCCUCUCCGCCGCCGCAAACCACACCAACGUGGCCGCCACCCUCAGCGACAGAUUCGCCUCGCCCUACACCGUCGAAGCGGCGGCAGAGUUCAUCGCCGGCGACGGAAAGGGCGCCGACCCGCACUACCCUACCCACGGGGCGAUCCUCCUCAAGCCCCUGGAAGGGGAGACGGAGGGUGUCAUGAUUGGGGGCUUUGGACUCCGCCCGCUGCAGGAUGUGUUCUACAGGACGUGGGCGUUGGGAUACUUUCUGACGCCGUCGGCUUGGGGGAAGGGGUAUGGCACGGAGGCGAUUUCUGCGGUGGUGAGGUGGGCGUUUGAGACGUGGCCUGGUUUGAAUAGGAUUGAUGGGGAGGCGUAUUCGUCGAAUAUGGCGAGCGUGAGGGUUUUGGAGAAGAGUGGGUUUGUGAGGGAGGGGGUGAGGAGGAGGGCGGUUGAGAAGGGGGGUGUGGUGUUGGAUGUGGUUGCUUUGGGGGUUGUGAGGGCGGAUUUGGGGUUGUAG